UCCGCAAAUGAAAACGUGUGGUGGGUGGGGUCGGCCCGGCCGAACCCGCCCAUAACCGACCCCGCCCUGUUCCGUGUGCUGCAGAGAGGGGCUUCUCCACUACGCUUAUCAGAAGAACGUGAUACAAUGCAGCGUAGGCUGUCAUAAGCGCUGUUUUUCCUGCCUAUCCUUGGACGAGAUAGGCGGUGUAUUCUCAGUGUUCAUUUUACCAACAAGUUCAUCUACGAACAUCAGGCAAAAUGGUAAGUCGAGUUUGAAGUGUUUUACUAUGAUUCGGUGAACCGGAGAUUCUGUGUUGUCAGUGGGUAAAGAGUUAGUCCUUCUCCGUUGUCGGUGACCAGUUGAAAUUAACCUGGCCGGGUGAAGCAGCCUCCGAACCGAAGAUGGAUGUUCCAUCUGUGAGAACGGCAUGACGACGUUUAGAAAACCGCGGCGGACAACGCGAAAUGAAUCUCAAUUUGAGAUAGUGAUUUGAAAGCUUCCAAUUUCUCAGAAUAAUUUCGUUUGAGGAAUAUGAGGGUUGUCUGAAUCUACGCAGCGGUCAUGUUGGUUUUUAUCAAGUUAGCCAUCUUUAGAGGUAAAGUCUGUCUUGUAUAACUGGGCCGCUACAUACAGUAACUAACUAGCUAUCACCCGCAGUGCUUUUGGAAGGACAGGACUUUGUGGUGUUUUUGACCACGGUAACUUUAGUCACUGUUCACAAGUGUCAUUGCAUCGGUAUUCAAAACAGUUGGUAACGGUAACUAACGUUAACUGUGUCCCGUGUCUAAUUGUAAAUGUAUAACGUACGUUAGCUAGCACAUAAUGUUCAAGUUUUGUAAAUUGGCCACCUAGCAGUAAAACGUCAGUUAUUUGGUCAAAGGUGGCAUGUAGGUCAUGACUUUGUUUUAGAUACAUUGGCUAGCUACGGGUAUGUGCUGGAUUGCUAAAAGGUAAGCCAGCAAGUGAUGCAGUUGUGCACAAUUGUCAAUUCCCUGUAGUGCUUCACGACUUAUAUUAUAGUAGGCUGGACACAUGAAAUGUUAACGUUUUCUGAUUAAAAUGAGUUUAUUGCAUCCGCCAUGGAGCCCAGUUUCAUAAAACCGUAUGUCCCAGCUCCUUGCCGUAGUUUUGAAGUAAUCGUGAAAAAACAGACCUAAUUUUAGGGAAUGUUUCACCCUCCCAUCUAUUAGCACCAACUCGCCUUCCGAACGUUCUAAUGCCAACCAAUUGUUCUGCGUCACAAUGCCAGCUUCGCUAUUGUUAGCAAUUUAAAUGUUUAGUUAUUUAGCAGACGCUCUUAUCCAGAGCGAUUUACAGUUAGUGAGUGCAUACAUUUUUUCAUACUGGUCCCCAGUGGGAAUCGAACCCACAACCCUGGCGUUGCAAGCGCUAACCUCUACCAACUGAGAUACACGGGACUACAAUGAGAUCUACCCGCGUAAACCUUGUAGCAUAGGAGGUUGGUGGCACCUUCAUUGGGGAGAACGGGCUCGUGGUAAUGGCUGGAGCGCAAUUGGUGGAAUUGGAUCAAAUGCAUUAAACACAUGGGUUCCAUGCGUUUGAAUGCCAUUCCAUUCGCUCCUUUCCAGUCAUUAUGAGCCAACUCCCGAGUGGCGCAGUGGUCUAAGGCACUGCAUCGCAGUGCUAGCUGUGCCACUAGAGAUCCAGGCUCUGUCGUAGCAGGCCGCGACCGGGAGACCCAUGGGGCAGCGCACAAUUGGCCCAGCGUUGUCCAGGGUAGGGAAUGGCCGGCAGGGAUGUAGCUCAGUUGGUAGAGCAUGCCGUUUGCAAUGCCAGGGUUGUGGGUUUGUUUCCCACGGGGGGGCCAGUAUUAAAAUGUAUGCACUCACUAACUGUAAGUCGCUCUGGAUAAGAGCGUCUGCUAAAUGACUAAAAUGUAAAUGUAAAAUGUCCUCCCCUCUGCAGCCUCCACUGCCUUGUAGGCUUCAAAUCAAAUUGUAUUUGUCACAUGCGCGGAAUACAACAGGUGUAGACCUUACCGUGAAAUGCUUACUUACAAGCCCUUAACCAACAAUGCAGUUCAAGAAAUAAGAGGUGAAGAAAAUAUUUACUAAAUAAAAUAACAAUAACGAGGCUAUAUACAGGGGGUACCAGUACCGAGUCAAUGUGCGGGGAUACAUGUUAGUCGAGGUAAUUUGUACAUGUAGGUAGGGGUAAAGUGACUGUGCAUAGAUAAUAAACAGCAAGUAGCAGCAGUGUAAAAACAAAGGGGGGGUCAAUGUAAAUAGUCCGGGUGGCCAUUUGAUUAAUUGUUCAGCAGUCUUAUGGCUUGGGGGUAGAAGCUGUUAAGGAGCCAUUUGGACCUAAACUUGGCGCUCCGGUACCGCUUGCAGUGCGGUAGGAGAGAGAAUAGUAUGACUUGGGUUACUGGAGUCUUUGACAAUUUUUUGGGCCUUCCUCUGACACCGCCUAGUAUAUAGGUCCUGGAUGGCAGGAAGCUUGGCCACAGUGGUGUACUGGGCCGUAAGCACUACCCUCUGUAGCGCCUUACGGUCGGAUGCCGAGCAGUUGCCAUACCAGGCGGUGAUGCAACUGGUCAGGAUGCUCUCGAUGGUGCAGCUGUAGAAUUUUUUGAGGAUCUGAGGACCCAUGCCAAAUCUUACCUCAGGUAACUUAAAGUGGAACUGACAGUGUUUUAACUACUUUUCAGAUAUGAAACAGACAAUCAUAAUAUUAGUCAAAAAUAUCAAAUUCCCAGUUUAUGCUUGAAAACCAACUUUAUAAGAGGUUUUAAAAAUAGGUUCUAUUUGACUCAAAAUGCCAUGACGUACAGUAAGGCAUUGUUGGCAGAAUAGAUGGAUGCAGUUCAAUGCAUGAUUAAUAUAAUUCACCAAUACAUUUCUUGGUAGUCCAAAAAAUAUUGCUAUCAGGUUAUAAAUCACAGCUGGCCUGGUACAUCGUUUGCUGCCUUCACCCAUUCGGCAUGCACCGUUUGUUUCAAUGACUCAAUAUUUUGAACAAAAACAGACAACUAACUAGGUUGGGAAUGUCAAUACAAUCAAACUAGCAAGGGCAAUGAUCACAAGUCUGUCAUAACGUGGCUAAUAUGCUAGCGCGCGUGUCAAACACAAGGCCUGCGGGCUCACUAGGACACAGAAGCGAGUAUAAAUGAGUUAACAGUUGUCAUCUAAUUACAGCCUGAUGCGCUCACAUUGGUGAAUUCAACUUCAAUUGUGCUGCUUCCGUGUGUCCCGUUUACAGCGCGCAGCAGAAGGAAAGUGUACAGACACAUGUCACAGUCCUAGCAAGGCUACUAAAAUGUUGCAGUCUGGCUUUGGUUUUUAAAGCUUGACAAUGAAUAACCAAAAAACAACAACCUGCAACAAAACACCAUGCAACUUAGAAACAUGCAAGCCUAUUACAGCAACAUUUGAGCAGUAGCCUAGGUUGGCUACUCAAUUACAAUACAUUUUGAGUGCACCAUACAGCAAUGCUGCAUUCAACCGCACCGGUGAUCAAUGUGCAUAAAUUUUUUUACAACCUAUAGCUAUGUUUUUGUUCUUUGGAGUUAAAUACUUUUUGAUUAGGUUCACAGUAUAUUAUGCACAUCUGCAAGCAUAGCACCAAAGCCUGGACAAAUAUUAUUUAUCUUGUUUUUUUAUGUUAAAAUGCUAUAUAUAGCAUCCUAUGUACAUAAGUGGACAUUAUAAAGGGCUAUAUAUUUUUUCCAAUAAAACAAUGGCCACCGAAGUAAUUGUUUUUUCAGUAUGGCCCGUGCGCAUGUUCCCAUUCAGUUGUGAAAACAUGGGUUGGGGCAAGCUGCAGAAAGACGAGCAGGCAACUAUUUCCCAUCGUUUAUCAGUGCAAUUUUGACGGCCAACUAGCUGAAAAAGUUUGAGGGUUGCCUCGCAAUAUUUUUUAUAGCUCAUCUCGCUCUGGCUAGCAUUAGUUGUUGAUCUUGUUGAUGUGUAUAAGAAAGGGAGGGGGAGAGAGCCUACCUUUUCAUGGUUGUUUGAUCAAUAGGACUGUGACGUUCCCAAAUGUAAGAGGAAUCCCUUGGUAUUUACAUAUUUGCACAAAUCCAUUCAGGUGUUUAUUGUGGCUUUUGGCGAAUGUGUUCCAAUGAUCUAAAGUCUAGUCUAGAUGUUUUUAUUUAUUUACUGCAGUGUCUAUUAAUUGUCCGAACACACGGCCGCUUUCCCGCUCUAUAUUGCUAUAGAAUUUGUACAGAUGCCUUACUAUAUGUAAUUCCCCAAAAAUCUUAUGACAACUUGAAAAUGACCAUAUGUACACUGCAUUUGGGAAGUAUUCAGACCCCUUGACUUUUUCCACAUUUUGGUACAUUACAGCCUUAUUCUAAAAUGGAUUACAUUUUCCAUUUUAGUCUCUUGUGGUAUGUCUCUAUAGAGUCUAUAAGCUUGGCACAUACAGGCACUGGGAUUUUUGCCCAUUCUUCAAGGCAAAACUGCUCCAGCUCCUUCAAGUUGGAUGGGUUCCGCUGGUGUACAGCAAUCUUUAUGUCAUACCACAGAUUGUCAAUUGGAUUGAGAUCUGGGCUUUGACAAGGCCAUUACAAUACAUUUAAAUGUUUCCCCUUAAACCAUUCAAGUUGUUUUAGCUGUAUGGUUAGGGUCAUUGUCCUGCUGGAAGGUGAACCUCCGUCCCAGUCUCAAAUCUCUGGAAGACUGAAACAGGUUUCCCUCAAGAAUUUCCCUGUAUUUAGCGCCAUCCAUCAUUCCUUCAAUUCUGACCAGUUUCCCAGUCCCUGCCGAUGGGGGGGAAAAAACAUGGUGUUCUCGGGGUGAUGAGAGAUGUUGGGUUUGCGCCAGACAUAGCGUUUUCCUUGAUGGCCAAAAAGCUCAAUUUGAGUCUCAUCUGACCAGAGUACCUUCUUCCAUAUGUUUGGGGAGUCUCCCACAUGCCUUUUGGCGAACACCAAACGUGUUUGCUUAUUUUUUUUCUUUAAGCAAUGGCUUUUUUUCUGGCAACUGUUCCGUAAAGCCAAGCUCUGUGGAGUGUACGGCUUAAAGCAGUCCUAUGGACAGAUACUCCAAUCUCCGCUGUGGUGCUUUGCAGCUCCUUCAGGGUUAUCUUUGGUCGCUUUGUUGCCUCUGAUUAAUGCCCUCCUUGCCUGGUCUGUGAGUUUUGGUGGGAGGCCCUCUCUUGGCAGGUUUGUUGUGGUGCUAUAUUCUUUCCAUUUUUAAUAAUGGAUUUAAUGGUGCUCCGUGGGAUGUUCAAAGUUUCGGAUAUUUUUUUUAUAACCCAACCCUGAUCUGUACUUCUCCACAACUUUGUCCCUGACCUGUUUGGAGAGCUUCUUGGUCUUCAUGGUGCCGCUUGCUUGGUGGUGCUUCUUGAUAAGUGGUGUUGCAGACUCUGGGGCCUUUCAGAACUGGUGUGUGUGUUUUAUUUAUUUAUUUAUUUAUUUAUAUAUAUAUAUAUAUAUAUAUAUAUAUAUAUAUAUAUAUAUAUAUAUAUAUAUAUAUAUAUAUUCAGAUCAUGUGACACUUAGAUUGCACACAGGUGGACUUUAUUUAACUAAAUAUGUGACUUCUGAAGGUAAUUGGUUGCACCAGAUCUUAUUUAGGGACUUCAUAGCAAAGGGGGUGAAUACAUAUGCACGCACCACUUUUCAGUUAUUUAUUUUUUAGAAUUUUGUUAAACAAGUUAUUUGUUUCACUUCACCAAUUUUGACCAUGUCCAUUACAUGAAAUCCAAAUAAAAAUCAAUUUAAAGUACAGGUUGUAAUGCAACAAAAUAGGAUAAACUCCAAGUGGGAUGAAUAUGUUUGCAAGGCACUGUACCCCAUAAUGACAAAGCAAAAACUAGUUUUUUGAAAUCUUUGGAAAUGUAUUAAUCUUUUUUUUUAAACUAUCACAUUUACAUAAGUAUUCAGACUCUUUACUCAGUACUUUGUUGAAGCACCCUUGGCAGCGAUUACAGCCUCGUCUUCUUAGGUAUGACGCUACAAGCUUGGCACACUAGUAUUUGGGGAGUUUCUCUGCAGAUCCUCUCAAGCUCUGUUAGGUUUGACGGGGAGUGUCACUGCACAGCUAUUUUCAGGUCACUCCAGAGAUAUUCGAUUGGGUACAAGUCCGGGCUCUGGCUGGGCCACUCGAGAACAUUCAGAGACUUGUCCCGAAGCCACUCCUGCGUUGUCUUGGCUUUGUGCUUAGGGUCGUUCUCCUGUUGGAAGGUGAACCUUUGCUGCAGUCUGAGGUCCUGAGCGCUCUGGAGCAGGUUUUUCAUUAAGGAUCUCUCUGUCCUUUGCUCCGUUCAUCUUUCCCUCGAUCCUCACUAGUUUCCUAGUCCCUGCCGCUGAAAAACAUCCCCACAGCAUGAUGCUGCCACCGCCAUGCUUCACCGUAGGGAUGGUGGCAGGUUUCCUCCAGAUGUGAUUCUUGGCAUUCAGGCCAAAGAGUUCAGUCUUGGUUUAAUCAGACCAGAGAAUCUUGUUUCUCGUGGUCUAAGAGUCGUUUAGGUGCCUUUUGGCAAACUCCAAGUGGGCUGUCAUGUGCCUUUUACUGAGGAAUGGCUUCCAUCUGGCCACUCUACCAUAAAGGCCUGAUUGGUGGAGUGCUGCAGAGAUGGUUGUCCUUCUGGAAGGUUCUCCCAUCUCCACAGAGGAACUCUGAAGCUCUGUCAGAGUGACCAUCAGGUUCUUGGUCACGUCUCUGACCAAAGCCCUUCUCCCCCGAUUGCUCAGUUUGUCUGGGCGGCUAGCUCUUGGAAGAGUCUUGGUUGUUCCAAACUUCUUCCAGUUAAGAAUGAUGGAGGCCACUGCGUUCCUGGCUGCAGACUAUUUUUGAUACCCUUCCCCAGAUCUGUGCCUCGACACAAUCCUGUCUCUGAACUCUACGGACAAUUCCUUCGACCUCAUGGCUUGGUUUUUGCUCUGACAUGCACUGUGAACUGUGUGACCUUCUAUAUAGACAGGUGUGUGCCUUUUCCAAAUCAUGUCCAAUCAAUUGAAUUUACCACAGGUGGACUCCAAUCAAGUUGUAGAAAUCUCAAGGGUCUGAAUACUUAUGUAAAUAAGUUAUUCCUGUUUUUUUAUUUGUAAAUGCAGACAUUUCUAAACCUGUUCACUUUGCCAUUAUGGGGUAUUGUGUGUAGAUUGAGGACAUUUUUUAAAUUCAUUUUAGAAUAAGGCUAACGCUAACAAAAUGUGGAAAAAGUCAAGUGGUCUGAAUAUUUUCCAAAUGCAAUCAGCGCUCGUGCGUCAGAAAAUGUAAAAAAAAAAAAAAAAAAAAAGUGUAAUUCUUCUUGUGGGUGUAUAUGAACAGAUUUUAAGAAUUUCCUGUUGCUAAAAUGCUGUCAGUUCUACUUUAAUAUUAACAUUUUUACGGCUACUUGGUGAGUGAUAUCACAUUGUGGUGACCCAUGGUGCCAGAGAUGGCUGGCACCUACCCAUCAAAAGUUAAACAUUUUCUGGUCAUAGUUAAUCAUAUUUAUUCCGAAAAAGGUGUAAAACCUCAACAAAACGGGUGUCCCUGUCAUCAUCUUCAAGAUGUGGCCAAUUUUAAACUGCCAUAAUUUUUUUCAUUAAGAAAUAAAAUAAAUUGACACUUUUUGUUGUUUUUAAAUGGCAGCGUUGUAAUUUGAUAUGCGUCAAUCUGUUCGUUCAUAGGCAUCGAAUUGAGUGUGUUGCGCAGGUUCACUGAGUUGCAAACCAACUGGCUGGGUCUAGCUCAUUGAUUUGUAGAUCUGAUGACUUGCUACCUCAGAUUAUGAGCCCAGCGAGUGUCGUGAAUGAGGUAUGUAGUACCCGCAAAUGGCCACAGGGAGGAACUAGAGCUAGAGCUAUAAACCAUAGUUUUUUUUGCCAGAAAACCUCAACUUAACCCUAGGUAAACCCCUUAGUUAUGUAGAACUUAUUUUAGCCUUAACUCUAACCCUGUACAGACAGUAACCUUAGCCAUAACCCUAAUUCUAGGGUUUAGUAAUAAUAUUAUUCUAGUAAAUACUAGUAUUAAAUAGGAUUUAUUGUUUUAUAAAAACCUGUAAGUAUUCGUUGUUUUUUUUAAAUGAUGGUAUUUAUUAUUGCAAGGCAAAACACCUGAUAAACAAGCCACUUUAAAAAAUAUAUUUUUUUGCAUGUGAUUUAAACUGGGUGUGACCUAGUAACCUCUGAAAGUCCAGCAAUUGGUGUAGGAUAGGUGGGGCAGGGUCCUUCCGAGUGGCACAGAGGUCUAAGGCACUGCAUCGCAGCGCUUGAGGCGUCACUACAGACCCGGCAGAUUUGAAACUGAUCGCUGGAAUUAAUACGAAAAAUCUACUUUAUUUCUAUGUUGCCUCUCCAUUGUCUUUACGGUCUGCUGUAAAUUAAUUGCUAAAUAUUACCAAUAGAUGGCAGCAUAAGACCACAAGGCAUCAGUUCUAGGCUACAAGCAGCGAUAUGAUUGGCAUAAAAUAGCAUAAGACCAAAGACUGUCCCAUGAUUUUUCUAAAAAGUUAACUCAUUACUUUACAGUUAGCUGCUUGAAAGUAUGUGAACCUCUUGUGCAAUUACGGUUUUUUUCCUUUUGUUUUUUUUUAACCAUGAAAUCUUCAUUUAAAUCAUAACCAGUCUUUUUGAUCUGACAUAACAGGUUUAUAUUUACCAAUACCAUAUGUUGGUGUAGAGGAAAUCAUACAUGUUAUAGAAUAUAACAUUUUUAAAAAAAGGUUUUAGUGCAGGUGCUAAAAUAAGUGAACCCCAAGUUGCAUUGGUUAAAUCAGGUAGGUAAGUAGAAUCAGGUGGGUAAAUAAUUAGCUACCAAAUGAACCAAUCAAAGGAGAGAUCAUUAGGAAAGAGUUUGGGUGGGACUCUGAUAAGUAGAGAUAAGAAACCUGGUCAGUUUGGUGUUACCCAUCCAGGUGAAUGCAAAGCGCACCAUGCAGAGAGGAAAGGAGAGCUCAGAGGACAUCAGGACGAGGGUAGUGAAAGCACAUCAGUCUGGGGAGGGCUAUAAAAUCAUCUCAAAAAGAUUUGAGCUCAAUCAGUCCACUGAGGCAAAUAAUUUACAAAUGGAGAGCAUUUAACAUGACAGCAACUCGGCCUGGAUGUGGACGCCCUUCCAAAAUAUCAAUAAUAAAUCCGGUAAAAGCCAACCCAAACAUAACAUCUAGAGAUUUGCAGACCUCCCUUGCUGCAUCUCAGGUAACUGUGCAUGCUUCAACAAUAAGAACACUGAAUCUAAAUGCCAUUCAUGGGAGGGUUGCGAGGAGGAAGCCUCUGCUGUCAAAAAAGAACCAAGCUGCCAGUCUAAACUUUGCCAGGGACCACCUGGACAAACCUGAAGGUUUCUGGAAGUCCAUUCUCUGGACCGAUGAGUUCAAAAUGGACCUUUAUGGUCACAAUAAACACCGCUAUUUUUGGCGAAAACCCAACACUGCCUACCACCAAAAUAACCUUAUCCCAACAGUCAAGCAUGGUGGUGGGAAUGUCAAGAUCUGGGGCUGCUUUUCCUCCUCUGGACCUGGACGACUCCACAUCAUUAAGGGAACCAUGAAUUCUGAGGUAUGCCAGGAGAUUCUUGAACAGAACGUCAGGGAGCUAAAGCUGUGCCGAAAAUGGUUCUUCCAACAAGACAACGACCCAAAGCAUUCAAGCAAAUCUACCAAAGAAUGGCUCAGGAGAAAGAAGAUUUGUGUUUUGGAUUGUCCUGACCUAAAUCCAAUCGAAAUUUCACUUUCUGCGUUGCCUUUUAAUUGUUGUUUUGGGGGGGUUUAGACCAGGGUUGCUGCUGUUAAGAAAUGUCAAAUGCAUAUGCACAGUACAAAUAAAAAAGUGAAUCUUAACGUCCACUCAUUUUCACUUAGGGUGAAUUUACAUUAGUAAAAUAUGUCUAGUGAGAUCAAAAAUUUUUUAAGCCUUUCAUUUUCUAUUUGGCUAACAGAGCAAAAAUGCUGUCUACUGGUAUUAAGGUCAUUCUUCCAGGGACAUUUGAUGUGGGAGAGCAAUUGUCUUUACACUACUCCUCAGACGAGGGUGUGUGGUGAAGAUAUCUCCCACAUUACCUCUGGAGGUAGUGUGGGAGACCUCUCUUAAAGAGAUUUGAAUCUAGAUCUGUGUCUUUACACUACGCAAGUAUCUCUCCUGGAUGUAGUUUGUGUCAUGAAAUUAGUGUAAAUAGUCCCGUAGUCAUGCAUGUCAAUGGGAGACUAAGUGAGCAUUUGACAUAAGUGAGUUAGGGUUCGCCCCCAAAUGAAUUAAUUGACCCUUUUAUUUAGCCAGGCUAGUCAUCAAGACGAGAACAUAUUAUUUUACAAUAAUGUCCUGAUUGAUUUGAUCUUUGCUCUUCAGGUGAACUUUACAGUGGACCAGAUCCGUGCGAUCAUGGACAAGAAGUCCAACAUCCGUAACAUGUCUGUGAUCGCUCACGUGGAUCACGGCAAGUCCACGCUGACGGACUCCCUGGUGUCUAAAGCUGGGAUCAUCGCGGGGUCUCGCGCCGGAGAGACCCGCUUCACAGACACACGCAAAGACGAGCAGGAGCGCUGUAUUACCAUCAAGUCCACGUAAGUAGUACAGUUCAUGUAGUCCGUCCCAGUUUGGGCCCGUUUGCCUCUGUUUCAUUUGUAGUGAAUAGAUUUUACAUUUUAGUCAUUUAGCAGACGUUCUUAUCCAGAGCGACUCACAGUUAGUGAGUGCAUGCAUUUUUUUUCUUCAUACUGGUCCCCCGUGGGAACCGAACCCACAACCCUGGCGUUGCAAGCGCCAUGCUCUACCAACUGAGCUACACGGGAAUACAACCCAGGAGUGUGUGUUUGGAUCUUUCGUCUACAGUAUAGGAAUUGGUAGGUUGGAUGUUGCUGGGGGGGGGUCUCACUCUUACAUAAAAAAAAAAGUACUUUAUUUUAAAAUCAUUGACAUUACGACCUGUUGGCCUUCAUCUGAAUAAAUGUACAUUAUUUUAAAGUAAUUUCUCGAACUUGAGAACCCCUUGACCUUUGACCAAUUUUUACAGCCUGAAUUUAAAAUUGAUUCAAUUGAGAUUGUCACUACACAAUACCCCUUAAUGUCGAAGUGGAAUUGUGUUUUUAGAAAUGUUUACAAAUGAAAAGCUGAAAUGUCUUGAGUCAAGAAUUCAACCCUUUGUUAUGGUAAGCCUAAAUAGGUUCAGGAGUAAACAUUUUCUUAGUAAGUUGCAUGGACUCUGUGUGCAGUAGUGUUUAACAUAAUUUUUUUAAUGACUACCUCAUCUCUGUACCCCACACAUAGAAUUAUCUGAAAGAUCCCUCAGUCGAGCAGUGAAUUUCAAACACAGAUUCAACCACAAAGACCAGAGGUUUUCCAAUGCCUAGCAAAAAAUGGCACCUAUUGGUAGAUGGGUAAAAUAAAAAGCAGACAUUGAAUAUCCCUUUGAGCAUGAUGAAGUUAUUAAUUACACUUUGGAUGGUGUAUCAAUACACCCAGUCACUACAAAGAUCCAGGCAUCCUUCCUAACUCCGUUGCUGGAGAGGAAGGAAACCGCUCAGGGAUUUCACCAUGAGGCCAAUAAGUCAAAUCAAUAAGUGUAUGGCUGAAAAAACAACCCUGCAUAUACUUAUGCCUGAGCUGAAGAUGCCAAAUUAGAGGUAGAAAACUUUGGAGAUUUGGAUAACAAACAACAAUGCAGGAUAAGUUACAGUGCAGCUUGUUCAGUGCUGUUCUGUCGUUCCCCCUGCACACAUCAACUAGUUUCCUACUAUCCCUGUCUGUCUGCAUCCCACGGCUGACAGGGACGCUUGGUUUCAGACACUAUAUAAAAGAAAGAAUAUAUAUAAUUUAACAACAACGUUGGAACACCUACCAUUCACCUAUCCUCUCCCUCACUCCUCUCAGGGCCAUCUCUAUGUACUACGAGCUGGAGGAGAACGACAUGGCCUUCAUCAAGCAGACUAAAGAUGGGCUUGGCUUCCUCAUCAACCUGAUCGACUCCCCGGGCCACGUGGACUUCUCCUCCGAGGUCACAGCCGCCCUCAGGGUCACAGACGGAGCGCUGGUGGUGGUCGACUGUGUCUCAGGUAGACUUUCUCCUGUCUUGGUUUCUCUCGCUCUCAUUUCUCACUGGGAGAUUCUCAAUUGCAAAUGACGUUUUACGGGGUGGAAUCCCAAAUGUAAACGUGUAAAGUAGUAAAAAGCAUUUUAGCUAGUUGUGCGACAUUUUAUAGAUAAAAGGAUAGGUAGCAUAUCAUUUUUAAAUAUGUGCGUACUUUACUCCUAAACAACAGCUGAUUCAAAGGGGGUGUUGCAGAUUUCAAAACUUUUCCACGAAAGGACUCUGGUAGGAUAUUCUUGUGAUUCCUCGGCGAUCGAGGAGGCGAUCAAGGAGGUGAGGAUACUUCCGUUCGCCUACUAACUAAUUUUCCUUUUCUGAAUUGGAUUUGCUCAACUCCUGCGUCCUCUCUCGCCUCCUUUUGAAAAAAAGUCAAAGGUAGUCGAGGCAGCGAGGAGAGAGAACGUGGACGAAAAUGCGCUUGUAUGAAAUGAAUCUCCUUCCCCACUCGCGCGUCGUAAGCCAAAUUACUUUUACAGGGGUGGAUCCCAAAAUAAAUUAGUAAAGUGAUAAAAACGAAUUAAGACAUUUUAUAGAUAAAUGGAUAAGUAGCUUAUUGUUUUUUAACGUGCACACAUUACUUCUCCGACAAAACAAAAGCCGAUUCAAAACUAUUCCGCAAAGGACUCUGGUAGGAUAUUAUGGCCCUUUAAAAUCCAUGUCGCAUAGAACACGGAUGGAAUCACUGAAUCCAGACAUUAAAACGGAAUUCAACAAUAUUCCAAAAUAUAUUGAACUAGUAAGAAAUCAACUAAAUGUUGAAUUUAGAAUAUACAUUAAUUUGCCCAAGAUUAUCAAAAUGCAUCAGUGAUUCAUAUUUUCCUUCAACUUUCUGAAGAGGCAAUGGCACAGGAAUGCCCCUGUCUGUGUGCGCGUGUUUGUCUACCACUUUGUGUAGCCGUUAGCGACGAUGCUAAUGUAAUGACGACGUCUUCUGGUAGAUGGAGAGGUUCCCAAAAACCUUCACAAUUAGCUGUUAACUACAAAGUAGUUUAUGCCUACCUUGCAGAAUAUCAUGAUUUGCAUCAUUCCAGUAGCCAUUAGUUUUGCAAACUUUGCAAUCACAUGAGCGCUACAGAAACAUCGCUAACGCCCCCCAAAAACAGGCUGGUGCACAGUUGAAUGAAAGGGUAAUAACUACACCCCAAAAUCCAAAUGUCUUAGAUUUUCCCAGACCUCAAGUGGUCUCCAAAUGUGGUUUAAGCAUUGUGGACAUUAAAUGUUGUUGUUUUUCUAUUAUAUAUAUAUAUAUCACAAACUGAAUGGCGGAAACCUGUUAAAACAAAAGUGAGAAUGGGAUUUGGGGAACAAAUAACCUAUUCUAUAGGGCCCUAGGAUACACAUGACUAUCCUUGAUGAAAGGUGGCUAUCGAGGAGGGGAGGACACGUCAAUUCGUUAGUAAGCGAACAGAAAUCUCCUCGACCACUUAUCUAUCGGUUUCCGGGUUACGGAGGAGAGAGGGUGGAGGACGGACUUUUGCCCAAAAGAGUGUCCCAUUGUCCUUUCUCAGUGUCCUUCUUUCUCGCUCAGGUCUUUCUCAAUGUCCUUUCUCUUGCUUCCUCUCUCUCACUCUAACUCCUACUCUCACUCUCACUCAUUGUCCCGGUCUCCUCUUUCUCUCAGUGCAGUCUUUCUUGCCCACUCAAUUUCUGUCUUUGGAUUUUAAUAUAACACCUUCAUUCUCCCUCCCCUUUUCAGGUGUGUGUGUGCAGACAGAGACUGUGUUGAGGCAGGCCAUUGCUGAGCGCAUCAAGCCGGUGCUGAUGAUGAACAAGAUGGACCGUGCCCUGCUGGAGCUGCAGCUGGAGCCGGAGGAUCUGUUCCAGACCUUCCAGCGCAUCGUGGAGAACGUCAACGUCAUCAUCGCCACCUAUGGAGAGGACGAAGCAGGACCAAUGGGCGCCAUUAUGGUGAGAGGGACACACACCUGACAAGCAUAAAUCUAAGUAGUGAUCAGUUGGAGUGAAUUCCUUCUAAAUUCCAGCCAUUUCAGGAGUGGAGUUGCACCGCUAUGGAGGAAAUCCAUGUCCAGUUCAACUGAAUGAUUUAAAUGGGACUUGUCCCCAAACUCUGACGUGAUCAAAGGGAAACAUGUUUGGCCUAAGACAACGACAUGGUCCUCUUGUCGUCCCUCAGAUUGACCCUGUGAUCGGUACCGUAGGGUUUGGGUCUGGUCUCCACGGCUGGGCCUUCACCCUCAAGCAGUUUGCUGAGAUGUACGUGGCCAAGUUUUCUGCCGGCAAAGACACACAGUUGGGACCAGCAGAGCGGUGUAAGAAGGUGGAGGACAUGAUGAAGAAGCUGUGGGGAGAGAGGUACGCUCACACACUCACGCAUAUAUAAAUACCACUACACACACAUUGUACAUGCAUACACAUUUACUUUACAUACACACACUGUAUGUACUUGCGUAGUACUCUCACACACACACACACACAUACUGUACAUGUGUAAACACACACACACACACACACACACAGAGGUGUAAGAAGAUGGAGGACUUGAUGAAGAAUCUGUGGACAGACGGGUCUAUGCAUCCGACAGAGAAUAGUGAGGCAAGAGCUACACAGGUAUGCCCAGAGGUGGAAGAACACCAUGUAGAAAUUGCAGGUAGACUGGUACACACUUACUCUGAUUGCAUUCCAGAUAGACAUUCUCUGGUGUCUGUACAGAUUGUCAGAUCUAUACAAUGUCUUGAAGUGUAACAUCUCAGGAAUCACACGAAUGUGAUGAAGUAAUCCUAUAAUUUCUACAGAGCUGCACUGAAAAUGUGUAUCUGGAAUGCACUUUAUCUCUCUCUCUGGGUGCACUUGAUUUAGAACGCCUGUCGUGUUGGGUAGGUGUAGCUUGAACCUUAGGACCAAUGAAAUGGUUCCAAGGGGGACGAUGCCGCCAACCCCGACACUUCGGACUGAAUAAAUUAAGUGUGCCUGUUCUCUCUCGCUUUCUCAAUCACACGCACACAGGUGAGGGCGUGGCAAUAUUGAAAAGUGUUUGCAGGUAUGUGACGUGACACGGGCAGCCCCCUAUAUGUACAGGGUUUUUCUCUGUAUGGAGACCUGAGGAAGACCAAAGGGUUGAAGACAAAGUAAACACAUUUGGGAGCCUAAAUCGCAGGUGCGCACUCUUCUCUUAUGCUGGCAAACAAUCUGACAUGUUGCAAAAAUGUCCUGUUUUUGGCUGUUGACUUGUUACAGCUGAUUGUAUCGUACUGUAUGUAAAUGCUUGCGAGUUCCUGGCUGUCCUAGUGACAUGAAAUGUAGUUAACUGUUGCACUUGUCUUUUUUCUUGACUCUUAAUAGCACUAAUUUUGCAGAUGGCAGCUAUUUUUGAAGAAGGUUUUACUCAGCUUUGUUAUCAAACAGGAUCGAGGUCUGUGAAAUUGAAGUCGGUUAAUUCAUGAAGUAAACUUCACUUCCUGAAUAGAGACUUCAAUUGGAAUGGACCUCAACCAUGCUUGGAACUUGAGUUGAAUGCACUGAAUGCACGUUUUGUUGAAAUAUGCACCGCUCUGGAUAAGAGCGUCUGCUAAAUGACUGAACUGUCAAUGAGAAUAUUAAAGCGUGUGUUUUUUUUGUUUUAUACAACUGGCAGGUUUUUUGACCCAGCCACUGGGAAGUUCAGUAAGACUGCCACUGGCCCCGACGGUAAGAAGCUGCCCCGCACCUUCUCUCAGCUCGUGCUGGACCCAAUCUUCAAGGUGAGACCGGACAUGACGCCCCUAAAGUGUUUUGAUUCAUUGAUUUAAUUUAUGCAAUGCAUUGACCAAUAUUAAUUUAUAAAUGUUUUUUUUUUAAAGGAUGAAAAGCAACUGUCUGUCUACCCCUCCCCCGUUCUCCCUCCCUCCAGGUAUUCGAUGCCGUCAUGAACUUCAAGAAGGAGGAGACGGCCAAGCUGAUAGAGAAGCUGGACAUCAAGCUGGACACAGAGGACAAGGAGAAGGAGGGCAAGCCCCUACUGAAGGCAGUAAUGCGUCGCUGGCUCCCAGCCGGAGAGGCUCUGCUUCAGAUGAUCACCAUCCACCUGCCCUCCCCCGUCACCGCCCAGAAGUACCGCUGUGAGCUGCUUUACGAGGGACCAGGAGACGACGAGGCCGCCAUGGGUGAGGACAGGAGCACGUGCACACACCGAGACCCUGAACAACUGACUGGGGACAGAUAAAAGUACACUGUGCCUGUCCAUGUCAACCAGCAAAGGAUGGCUUUCUGUCAGGAGGACAAUGUAGACCCAACACGUUUCCUAAUUAAUAUAAAGUCUAAUAUCAUACUUACCGUUUUCCUCUCAGGUAUCAAGAACUGCGACCCCAAGGCACCUCUGAUGAUGUACAUCUCUAAAAUGGUGCCCACCACAGAUAAGGGUCGCUUCUACGCCUUCGGCCGUGUCUUCUCUGGCUGCGUUGCCACCGGCCUGAAGGUGCGCAUCAUGGGACCAAACUUCACCCCCGGGAAGAAGGAAGACCUUUACAUCAAACCCAUCCAGAGGUGUGUGUGUGUGUGUGUGUGUGUGGAGUACCAUUUAGAGCGGCAGAUACGUGUGUGACUUCAAACUUUUAAGUAUUGUAUAUUCUCUCCUCCCCUCAAUCUGUUCUUCCUCCCUCCCUCCGUAGGACCAUUCUGAUGAUGGGGCGUUACGUGGAGCCCAUUGAGGAUGUGCCAUGUGGGAACAUUGUUGGUCUGGUUGGAGUGGACCAGUAUCUGAUUAAGACAGGGACCAUCACCACCUUUGAACAGGUGGCUUGUACAUCUCAUCACAUUAUACUAUAGGAAAUCUCUGAAGGCCACAAUGACUUUUAAUGACAAAGAAGGAUUUUCCAUUCAAUUUAUUUUGCACUCCUAGACUUUUGCUCUGGUCAAAAGUAGUGCACUAUAUAGGGAAUAGGGUGCCAUUUUGGAUGAACAAUAGAUGAAUAUUUCUCACGUCAUGUAUGCUCGUCCAACAGGCCCACAACAUGCGUGUGAUGAAGUUCAGCGUUAGCCCUGUGGUGAGAGUGGCUGUGGAGGCCAAGAACCCUGCUGACCUGCCCAAGCUGGUGGAGGGCCUGAAGCGUCUGGCUAAGUCUGACCCCAUGGUGCAGUGUAUCAUCGAGGAGUCUGGUGAGCACAUCAUCGCUGGAGCCGGAGAGCUCCAUCUGGAGAUCUGUCUCAAAGAUCUGGAGGAGGACCACGCCGGCAUUCCACUGAAGGUGAGGGAGGGGAAGGAACAGACUACGUAUGAGAUAAGGUGUUACUGAACAAUGUGCUUUCUCCAAGUACAAUACAAUGGUACACUACAUCGAGAAGGUGAUUUGUUUUCCACUGCCUAACAAAGAGAAUCUGCAAUAGGAAGUGCGUGUCUUUACUCUGUAGACAUUACAGGACAUAGCAAGACUACCGUUAUGGAAAUAUGUCUAUGUAGACGAAUGCACUGUCCUAACUAGGUAUGGGCAUGGUUAUUCGAAUAUCCAAACGGACGUUAAUAUUCUAAUACUUGCGAGAGUAUAACUUUUUUGGGGAGGGGGGAAAUCAUAGGUCUAUUUUAACAAUAAAAAGGCUUUGUCUAAAUAAUUGUGACAUUGCUACACACAAGGAUAUACCAUGACAUUUGAAAAUCUUAAUUCAAUAAAAUAAACGUUUGAAUGUAGAUUUUAGGACGUGUGCCCCAUAAAAAAACAUACCGUAGCCUCGGAUUUAAUGCGUUUGUUAUCGUCGGCCAAACAAAGUGGCGCUGUCUAUACACUCAGUGGCUCCAUGGGUAGCAAGCAAAGUGGGAAAUCUAAUCAAUUAAGUUAGUUAAAUGAGAAGGAGUAGACUACAACGAGCAACCAUCAGGUAGGCUGUUUAAAAUGGAGUUGUAGACAAGGAUGGGGAAGCGCAGAAAAAUGGCCUCUGUAGCUAGCUAGCUGGCUAACAUAACUGGCUAGCUUCUUUUAAAUUGAUUUGAUGCAGUCAAGACGGGCACUACCAGAUGGGACGAUAGAUAAGCUAUCUGUAUGGCUACUCUCGCUCUCAUAUCAAACUCAUGAGCCACUGCCCAUUCCCCGCACAUCUGCAAGCAAGCAACGCGGCACCUCUUCCAAGUCGCGCAGGCUGGGCAGCAAGCCAGUUCCCAAGUUUAAACUUUUUAAUUUUGGGGGGGACUAUCUGGUUAUCUGAAGAAAUGUCAAUAUAUUAUUGGAUCAGUGAAAUUAUUUAAAAUGCCCAUCCCUAGUCCUAACUUGAUUCACAACUCCUCCCCCUAACAGAAAUCAGACCCAGUGGUGUCCUACAGGGAAACUGUGUCUGAGGAGUCUGAAGUGAUGUGCCUGUCGAAGUCCCCCAACAAGCACAACCGCCUGUACAUGCGGGCGAAACCAUUCCCCGACGGCCUGGCUGAGGACAUCGAGAAGGGUGACGUCAGCCCCCGGCAGGAGCUCAAGAUCCGCGCCCGCUUCCUGGCCGACAAGUACGAGUGGGACGUGUCGGAGGCCCGUAAGAUCUGGUGCUUUGGCCCCGACGGCACCGGGCCCAACCUGCUGAUGGACGUGACCAAGGGAGUCCAGUACCUGAAUGAGAUAAAGGACAGCGUGGUGGCCGGCUUCCAGUGGGCCGUCAAGGAGGUGGGUUUCGGUUUAGUUAGUUAAGCUUGACAACCAACUAAGGCACCGUCAAUAAUUUUCCUUGCCAAAGCUCAUUGAAGCAUUGCAGUUCAAAUCUGCAUUCAUGACUUCAGUUUGUAAGUAGACUUGAAUCUGCAGUUUAGGCCAUGCCAAGAUUGCAUAGUAUUUUUUUCUAUCCUGAGUUGUGAAGUGUUGUUCCUUCUUCCCUCCUACAGGGUGUGCUGUGCGAGGAGAACAUGCGUGCGAUCCGCUUUGACAUCCACGACGUGACCCUGCACACGGACGCCAUUCACCGCGGUGGCGGACAGAUCAUCCCUACCGCCCGCAGAGUGCUGUACGCCUGCCAGCUCACUGCCCAGCCACGAAUCAUGGAGCCUGUCUACCUGGUCGAAAUCCAGGUGUGUGUGCAUACGUACGGUGUGCGACUACUUUGACACUUGAACUCGACCACUCUUACAUUAAAUUGUAUGCUAGGCUAUUGGGGGUUAUUUGGAAUCAAGUGUCGGAGCCAUGUAUUUCCUGUUUCCUGUCUCUGCAGUGCCCAGAGCAGGUAGUGGGCGGGAUCUACGGCGUGCUGAACAGGAAGCGAGGUCACGUGUUCGAGGAGUCCCAAGUGAUGGGCACGCCCAUGUUCAUCGUCAAGGCCUACCUGCCUGUCAACGAGUCAUUUGGUGAGUGAGAGUUAACUUUAUCUGGGGCUUACCAGGGAAAAUUUGAAUUUCAGUUUACUUGACGGAAUUGAAAUGGAACUGACCCCAACCCUGUGUAGAACAUUUAUUCUUAUUUGAUGGGUAAUGUAAACUGUAAUGUAUAGAGUUGACCCAUUUGCCUUGACACAACCUUCUGAACAUUUCACUGUUAACUCUCAAGCUACCAACUUACUUUACAUACAACGAUUACCAACUGGGGUACCCCAAGACACUAUUGGAAUCACAGCAACAUAUCAACUUAUUUACCAUUACACCCCUAGUGCCUAUAUUGUACAUACAUCAUAGACCCACAUCAUUUACACACACACACCAGGGUUUCCAUUAACCAGUAAUAGCCAACUUUUUUCAGAUUAAAAUAAAUAGAAAAGCCGAUAAAUAAAAUUGCCGCCGACCAAUUUACCGGGAACAGAAGAAAAAAUCCCAUUGUAAAAUAAUACUUUUUAGCCUGUUCAUUGAUGGACAUACCAGUCGACGUAAAUACAUUUGACUGGUCAUGCUUAUCGGUCAAUAGAUUAAUUUGCAUAAUUUGGUGAAAUUUAAAUUGCCGCAUGUACAGUAUAUAUUAUGUAUCUUAUUUAUCACACGCAUAUAGAUACCCAGCCGAGUGGAAAAUCUGUCAGACCACGUAUGAGCUGCUGCUGCAGCAUUUUGUGGUGCUGAUUAAGGCAACUGGGAACUCUGAAAAAUACAAGGUCAAAUCAUGACGUUAGUGAUCAUCAGGUCGGAAAGUCGGAACUCUAGAAAGAGGCCAGAGUUCCCAAGUUGGAAUUCCAAGUUGGAUGACCGUACAAAAAUAUUUUUCCUGGUCGGAGCUAGUUUUUUCCCCCUGUUGUCUUGAACGCACUGAAGUCGGAAGUCAGAUUUCCGAGUUCCCAGUUGUUUUGAACGCGGCAUCAAACGACAACGGAAGGCAGGCUUCAUCAGCGCGUCACACACCACUUGUUCAAAGUAGCCUAUGAGAUCUCCUGUCUUUCUAACUGAUAUUUUCAUCUCUGUCACAUGAAAUCGCUUGCAUGUGCAGUGCCCUUUUUGACAAUGGUGUUUUCCCGCUAAUUGCAUUAUGGAACGAACAUCCGCGUGUAGCCGACUGCCUUGUGCGCAUUGCUGCGCUUAUAAUGUGAAGAAAUAAUAGUUUAUCAACAUUUUAAGCUAAACGUCCUGAUCUGUUGCAUCAGACUCAUUGCUUUUUCAUUUUUUUUUGGGGGGGGGGGGGGGGGGGGGUGUAGUCUAGGCCUACUGGUUGUGUGAAUUUGGGAUCAACUGUCCCAUAGUCUGUUUGGAAUAGGCUUUCUUUCUUGACAAGCUGACCAAUAGAAUAGGUAGCCUACAUUUUUCUACUGUAGUAGAUUGACAUAGGCUACUGAUUUUGUUGUUUGUUGCUCGUCUUGUUGGCUGAGGAAUAGUAAAUGUGUAGUUAUUCUAACGUGUUCAAAGUGCACAUCAGAAUUCGGCAAGAAGGACCGCACAUUGUUACAUCCUCGACUUGCAUGUUCUGUUAAUAUUAAUGACCCAUAUUCUAAAUGUGAUUUCUGUCAUUUUGAGCACCGGUAAAUUUCUCAAAUGUCUGGUAAAUUUAAUGUUGCCGGUCAAAUGUCCAGUGCCACAUUUUCAUAACGGAAACCCUGACACACACACUCUCUCACACACACACGUCAGCUCAGACAGAUUAACUUCAGAGAGGCCCAGCUCCUGAGCUCCAUCAGCAGCAGAUUUUAAUUUAGAAUGGAAAAUGAAUGUGUUUAUGCAACAAAUGUUAGCGCAUCGCAUCGAACCGAGUCACAUCGAUUCGCUCUCUAAUUACAUUUUACAUUUUAGUCAUUUAGCAGACGCUCUUAUCCAGAGCGACUUACAGUUAGUGAGUGCAUACAUUAUAUUUUUUCAUUCCCGUGGGAAUGGAACCCACAACCCUGGCGUUGCAAACGCCAUGCUCUACCAACUGAGCUACAUCCCUGCCGGCCAUUCCCUCCCCUACCCUGGACGACGCUGGGCCAAUUGUGCGCCGCCCCAUGGGUCUCCCGGUCGCGGCCGGCUACGACAGAGCCUGGAUUCGAACCAGGAUCUCUAGUGGCACAGCUAGCACUGCGAUGCAGUGCCUUAGACAACUGCGCCACUCGGGAGGACAAACCGAGUUGUUUAAAACUAAAACGUAUUGUUCUUGUUCCGGAGCCCAUGUAUCGAAUCAUCUUGAAAAGGAAAGAUGCACAUCCCUAGCGUGUACAUAAGGUGCUCCAUCUCUGAAGGUGAUCUGUCUAUCUGGUCAAAAUCACUGACGCGGGUCCCCCUUCAUCCUCUAUGUUAAUCUUAAUAUUAUGUUACCUCCUGUAGCUCAGUUGGUAGAGCAUGGCACUUGCAACGCCAGGGUUGUGGGUUUGAUUCCCACGGGGGGCCAGUAUGGAAAAUGUAUGCACUCACUAACUGUAAGUCGCUCUGGAUAAGAGCGUCUGCUAAAUGACUAAAAUGUAAAAUAAACCUGGAUUGAAAUAAAUACCUUUUUAUUUAUUUUUAUUUGCCCUAGAAUAACUACUUAUCGGAGAAUACACACACUGAAUCUACAUAGAGCUGUAAUAUAUCUGAGUUCUGUAUUGCAGUUCUAUCAAGUAUUUAUACCAUUGGCAGACUUUUAUGCACAAAAAUAAGCAAAUUUUGGUUUCGUACACUUGUCAUACGAUAUGUGGUAUAGAAAACACAAUCUUAGGCAAGUACACAGGGAACUUUAUCUCUGCAGAUCUGUCUAUCUGGUCAACUGAUACAGGUCUCCCUCCACCCUCUGGUAGUAUGGAUAACUUGUCUCCAGAGAAACCUAGAUUAAAAUAAAGGUAGUAUUAAUCAAAUUACUAUAGGUGGAAUUAGGUAUUUUUUUUAGCUGGGUCAAAAUGACCCCAAAUGAUGUUUUUUGUAAGAUUUUUUUGUUGUAUUUUGUCCAUAUUGAUACAAAAACACUAAACAAUGAAUUUAGUUUUGUUAAGAACAAGUUGAUUGACAAGUGAUGAAGAAUUGAAUUAACCACCUUCGGCUAUGAUCAAAAAUAUGCCUCUGGGGUCAAAAUGACCCCAGUCGGUAGCUUGAGGGUUAAACGCACCUGGAGAUGAUCAUUUCCUUCUGCAGGGUCUGUGUUUUCUAAUUAGGACCCAGAGUUUCCCGGGUGUGUGGACCUGUUCAACUAUACUUGUGGUGACUAGAAGUCCUGACAAGAAUAGUAAACAAACAAUAAUUUGACCAACUGGGGACAUUGUGUUAGUCCCCACACAAGGUCAAAUGCUAUUUCUAGGGGUUAGAAUUAGGUUUAGGGUUGGGAGCUAGGGUUCGUUUUUGGGUUAAGGUAAGGAGUUAGGGUACGGGUUAGGGAAAAUAGGAUUUUGAAUGGGACUGAAUUGUGUGUCCCCACAAGGUUAGUUAUACAAGACUGUGUUCAACCACUACUGGCAGAUAGACCUCAAGCUUUAAACCUAUUGUCUUCACCCCCCUCGCUCUCCUCUCCCAGGUUUCACAGCUGACCUGCGCUCCAACACGGGCGGCCAGGCCUUCCCCCAGUGUGUGUUUGACCAUUGGCAGAUCCUCCAGGGGGACCCCCAAGACCCUACCACCAAGACCGCCAUU